AUAUGAUACUUUGUAGAUCCAAAGAGGUAGUUGGUCGACAAAAUACAGCAAUGGGUUUUUGCAGCCUUGUCGCCCAAGACGGUGGCAUCUUCGUCCUCACAAUGGCCACUACCGACGGCCACCAGUACCUGAACGACGAAGCCAUAACGGAGCUUGUCGACAAGCUCAGCACCGUCCGGAAGAACCCUGAGCUGAGAGGUCUAGUGACUACCUCUAAGAUCGGCUCCUUCUGCGAUGGCAUCGACUACGACAAUAAUCCGGAGGAGCAGGCGGCGCACCUCGCGCAAGGCAUGGCUGAGGUUAUCCGGCUGCUGCUGGAGAUGCCGGUGCCCACCGCGGCGGCCGUGGCCGGCAACGCGACGUCGCUGGGCCUCGCGCUGGCGCUGGCGCACGACCACUGUGUCGUGUGGGACUACGCGGUGGUGAUGCUGCCCGAGGCGCAGCGCGGGCGCCCGCUGCCCGAGUACGCGUCGGCGCUGCUGCGCGACAAGGUGGCGCACGCGCGGCUGCGGAAGCUGCUCAUGCUCAAGUCGCAACGGUGCACCGGCAAGGAGCUCGCCUCCACUUGGUAUUCAGCGCACUGCGCUAACAGCGACAGAGCCGCGUUGGUGAACAGCGCUUGGGAAGUACUUGAAGGGGUCGAGGUCGGGAAAGGCACGGAUUUUGCCAAAGCGAGGCAGAUAAUGUGGCCGGAGAGCUGCGCGGCCGUCGGCGUGGCGACUCUGCCGCCUCGGCCGCGGCCAUCUCCUCAAGAACUACAGAGUGAGAAAGCAAAGCAGGAUCCAGGAAAAAUAUUUGACAAGCAAAACAAGCCGGCGCUUCAAAGGGGGAGCGGUAAUGCAAUAUAUACCCUAUCUUCCGUCAAUAUCAUCCCCAUGCCUCUUACUUACCGAUGCUUGAGAAUAAAUUCGAUCUAACAACAACAAUUAAACCUAAUCUAGACAAAAUAAACCACCGU